AAUGAGAAAAACCUACCUUUGUAUUUUAGGGCAGUUCUGUGGAAAAGUCGGAAAAUCACAAUAUGGCGUCGCACCUAAGAUGGCGAAAAGUGAUUUUCUUACACUUCAAUAAUUAGGCUACAAAUGUAACCAACAUCGGAAAGCUAAAUUUAAAAAAAAAACCACAAGAAAAAUGAAAAUAUUAAAAAUGUGUAAAUUCUAACAGCUUUCCCAAGAGACCCCCCUUAAUAAGAGUUAUGAAAACAGAAUUUUUAUCUGAUAACAAAAUGAUUAAUUAAUAAAAAUAAUAAAUUAUUUUACAAUAUAUUUGGGAAUUCCAUUUAAAUUGAAUUGACGCAUGGAAAGCCCCUUUGGAAAAAUUAACAAAUCAGUGGCAAUUUAAUGAAGAUUCUCUCAAGAUGAGAUUUCUUCUUGAGAUUUCCAUAGUGUCUGGACAAUUUCUUGUUCAUGGUGUGUUUUAUAUAUAGUUUUGGAAGAUGUUUGGAGAUUUCUUUUGUCAAGAUGUGCCGAAACAUGGAUGUUGGCUAAAAAUAGCAAAAAAUCCGGUUGUUGUCCAGUGUUGAGGUGAAGAUUUGAUGAUGAUGAAAAAAUCUAUUAAAAUUACCUCUAGGAGCCUCUGUGUGGUUUUGAAGACAGAUACGUGACUACAUAUUUAUUUUUUUAAUCUGUGAGAGAUAUGGAAGUUAUUUUUUUCUAAGAAUCUUUAAAAAGAAAAAACUUUAAUUUUUUUUUCAAUGCUAAAGGAAAAGAAGAUUCUUCGUAAAGUUUUAAUUGAAACACUGUUCUCUAAAACAUUUAGUGAUUUUUAUAGGUGUCUUAAAAAUCACUUCUUGGCUCUACAUCAUUGAAUUUCUUAUAUGUAAAUGGAAUAUAUCUAGACGGUCGUGCUGUGGCUUUUGCGUCAAUUGACACACAAUCAUUUUAUCAAAAUGGCAAAGAAAUAUUGAUGAAAAGCUUGUUUUCUUGAUGUUAGAUUCGGUUAGGGGAUAAAGUUAAAUGACCUUUUGCUUGAUGAUUUCACGAGAUGACCGGUGUGGUGUCAAAAGAUGUGCGGUAGAGAGGUUUAAAUGGGAUUUUAUGGUGCGAAUCUUACGAUACCUUGAUUUGUUUUCAAGAUAAGAUGUUGAAUUUUAAAAAUGAACGCAAAAUCAAAUGAUAUUUACUACGAAUGAAGAAUUAAUUUUAAAUAAAUUAAAUAUUCAUUUAAUCUCUUAGUUAAUGAUCUUUCAAUGUCAAUCAGUCUUUUUUGAUUAGUUUGUCAUUUUGGGUUCUUGGUUCUCUGUUCUCUAUGAGUCAUAUGUGAUUGAAUUUUUUUUGUCAAUUCUUUCGUGUUCUUUGUGUUAAGAAAAAAAUCAUCUAUUAAAAAGUUUCACAAAGAAUUUUGUAGAAAGCACACUCAUGAAUUUUUUCAUUUAAAAAAAAAAGAGAGAAUAAUUUUAAGAAAAAGGAAAAUAAAUUGCUGAAAUGCGUUUGAAAAAAAAAUGUUGUGCCCAAUUUGUAGUUCAAGGGAAAAGAGGAACAAACGCAUCAAUUGGGAGCACUUUCGCGGGAAAGUCCGGGGAAAACCGUCUGUGUAAGAAAUAUUGUAACCUGAGUGAAAUCCGGAAAUGUCAGGUUCAUCAUUCAUGAUAUCAUUCGUUUGUAUGGAGGCAAAUAAUGUUGCACUGUGGUGUAUUUUAUGUGGGUAUAUCUCUGCUGAAAGCACUCCCUGUGAUUUUACUGAACUCGUCACAAUUUCAACGUGAUGUAAUAUUGUAAGUUAUUGACAAUAUUUUUACGUUAAGAUUUUCUUUUUAUGUUCUAUGUUAUGUAUGAAAGUUUUUUCAUUAAAUAUCUAUGCUAAUGCUCCAUUGAAGAUUGUAAGUAAAGACCUUUUAUGAUUAUCGUAUAUAGAAAGAGAUAAAAAAACACAAACGUGACGUCAUUAAUUGUGUUUUUUCGACAAGUCUUUGUCGGCUUUUUACAAAUGAUCCCAGAAGAGGAAAAUUUCGUUGGUGAUUUCUUUUCUUACUGUUUUGUUGAUGAUUUCUUUAUAUUUUGAUUUUCCAUCGCACUACGCGUAUCCGGAUUGAUACAAAAACGAAUAAACUGCUUUUGAACAAGUAAAUUUUUCAUUUAUUGGACUUGGAUUAAAUCUUUUGAUCAGAAAAUUAGGAUUUUGGUCAAAAGAAUUUGUUUUUUUUUGUAGCUUAAAUUAAGAAGUUUAUAUACACUCAUCGGUACAGGUUGGCCCGUACGUUGUUGUAUUCCAAGAGUCCCCUCUAACUACUCCUUCAAAAAGAAGAACAAUAGUGAUUGUACUGUAAAGAACUCCCUCUUAUACCAUAAAAAUCAGAGAUUUCUGUGUAGUAGAACACAAUUGAAUUCUUUUUCUAAUAAUUAUAGAGUAUAUUUGACAUUUGACGAUUAUUUUACGAGCAUACAGCAAUGCUCAAUGCUUUCCAUUGUAAUAGUUUUUGACGCACAUUCACAAUGAUACGAAUAAUAUGUAAAAACACUCCCGCGAGAUUUUUUUUUUAACAUGGUGUAAAUUGGUAUUGAGAGACGUAACACUCUACCGGAUUUUUGUGGGUUCUUUUGAAUGGCAAAAUGAGAUGAGAGAAUAUUAUUUUUCGAUUGUAAAACUACCUACCUCACACAACACUAGCAAUUUCCACCUGAGGUGUAUUUUCUCCUUUUCUCACCUGGUGUAAAUGUUAUAUGGGGGGAUCUGUGUGUGAAUGAGUACGAUGGCUUGAUGAUUGGAGGAAGUAUAUGGCAUUUGGUGGUCUCAUGGGGGGGGGGGGGGGGGAGAGGGCAUAGUGGAGGGAAAUGUGAGUGAAAUCUGGCAGUGUAGCUGAGAGUACUGAUGAGCCACAAAGCAGCAGUUGCUUCUCACCUCUGGUCGUGGAAAGAUGACUGCCUGAUAUCGCUUAAAAAUAAGAGAAGAGUUUUAAUAAACAAAUCACCAGUCAUUUUUUAAAUUUUAAAUUAAUAAGUAAACGUGAUAAGUGCACAGAGAGACUUGAACAUCAACUGGAUUUAUAUAUUUUGUGAAUUAGGGAAUAUCUUCUGAGACUGAUUAUUAUUUUAUUAUACAAAUCUAUACGUUUUUUUUAAAGAAUUUUUUUUUAAAUAGAAGUUGUUUGAAUUUAAAAGUUCCUUGUUUAGAAAUAAUUUGUUUCAAAAGUAUAACGAAGUUUUUUUUUGGUGUAACCUCUAAUUAAUUCGAGGAAUUUUUUAUUAAUAUUAUUUUCUCAGGAAAUUCUUGUUUUUCAUCGAAAAAAGAAAAACUUUUUAAUUUUUUUUUAAAUCUCACAAAGUGAAAGCACUUGACGCGCGUGAGUUGAUUUAAGGGGGAGAUUUUCCCAUUUUGUGAAGAGAGGAAAAAAAAAUAUUAAGAAGAAGUGUUGCAGUGAAAAUCCCCAUUGAGAUUAUCUCUCCAAUAAGUACUUGUGUGUUUGUGUAUGUGGGGGCUUUUUUUUACAUGAAAUUAUUUGUGUUUAUUUUUUCGUCUUGUGGCAUUCAAAUGAAACAUACGACGGUGUUGGCUCAAUGAAAUUUGGAUUAAUGGAGCGAGUGCCCGGAUCUUGAAGCGGAUGUAGAGAGUCGAUGUCAUUCAAAAUCUCUCUCUCCCUCUCUUACUCUUUCACCCAAUGCCAUACCAUCUCACUCUAGUACAUGCUACAAAGUGAUUGUGUGGAAGAAGUUGAUUACCAAAAAAUAAAAAAUAAAAAUAAACAUAGAUCUGCUCAUCUUGGCUAAUUUUUUAUGUGCCAAUAUUCCUGAUUCUGUGCUGUGUUUUAACUAUAUAUGUGAAUUGCAACGAGAUCCACUCAUCACCUAGCAAAAGGAGCAAAUUGAGGAUCUUUUUCUUAAUAUAAAAUUCUUCAGAAAAAUUCUACUGCAGAUACGAAGAGUUUAUUAUGCAUAAAAUUCUUGUUUCACGUUCAAGUGAUAAGCACUACAUUGAAUCCCUGUGUGUGGCUGAGGCAGAAGAUAGUAGCUACGAUUCAGAUUGCGAAGUUGAUGAUUCACAUCAGCAGGUGUCACGAACAACGAGUGAUACACUGGGUCAGGAGUUUGCUGAAUAUGUGAGCAGUUGUGGUGGUGCGGCACCGGAACGUUCACCCGGUUAUACGGCACGUGUGGAGUUUGCCCUGAAAUUGGGGUACACGGAGCGCCUUGUGCAGGCAGCAUUGGCACGUUUGGGACCCAAUCCGGCACAGAAUGAACUUCUGGCGGAGCUGAUAAAACUAGGGGCGCUACAUGGGACAAAAAGUGGGGAUUUUGCAAGUGAACCCACACACAGUGAUUCCUUGGCAGCAUGUGGAGCAGUUGCUGCGGCAUUGGAGGUGCCUGAUGAUGGGGGUGCAGCAACAAAUGGACUGAGACCCAUUGUUAUCGAUGGGAGUAAUGUGGCUAUGAGCCAUGGGAAUAAGCAAGUGUUCUCCUGUCGUGGCAUUAAGUUGUGUGUGGAUUGGUUUAGGAAUCGUGGGCAUACGGAUAUUACGGUGUUUGUGCCAAAAUGGCGAAAGGAAGCAUCUCGCCCGGAUCAUCCAAUACGCGACCAGGAGAUCCUGCAUGAGCUCGAGAGGGAACGAAUGCUCGUCUUUACGCCAUCACGUCUUAUUGGUGGGAAACGAAUGGUCUGUUACGAUGAUCGCUACAUUCUCAAGCUUGCAGCUGAGAAUGAUGGCAUCGUUGUGUCCAAUGACAACUAUCGUGACCUAAUACAGGAGAGUUCGGAAUUUAAGAAGGUUUCCGAGGAGCGUGUACUCAUGUAUUCCUUUGUGAAUGAUCGCUUCAUGCCACCAGAUGAUCCUCUAGGUCGUGCUGGACCUACACUUGAUAAUUUCCUUCGAAUUCAGCCAAAAAAAGGUGAGCCUCCACCUCCUUGUCCGUACGGCAAGAAGUGUACGUAUGGCAAUAAAUGCAAAUACCAUCAUCCAGAACGUGGUAGUGGACCACACAAGUCCGUCACGGAGCGUCUUUCGGAGUAUGCAGCACGACAUUUACCUGUACGUGCUGGUGAGGGUCGUACACCUGUUCAGGGAAAAUCUCUUAGUGUUCCAUUGAGUAGUAGUGGGGAAACAAGUCCUGUGAGUGGUGAUGGGCGACGGAAGCCACUUAGUAGGACACGUUCGAGUGUAUCCGAGUGCCCAAGUGCAGCAGCAGCAGCAGCUCCAACGUCAUUUGGUGUGUGUGAGCAACAGCCACAGUUAGCACCACAAAUGCCAUAUGCAGCAACACCCAAUCAACACAAUUGGGAUGCCACGGGCUUCCCAAAAUCUCACAGUAUUGAGAAUUUACCACGUGAGGGUUUCCCAAGUGGUGGUGGGCAACACUACCCGGGGGCGCAGCAAAUGUGGACGAGACAGGGGGCAGGUAGUAGCAAAGAUGAUGGGGAUGGGGUGAAUUUGCAUAGGAAACUCCAGAGGCAGCUUACACUCAAUCCAGCUGGGUGUGAUCCGAGAAUUUAUCAAAUUCAACGAAUGGGUGGCAUUUGUCCGGCAACGAGUCAACAACAGCAACCGGCACAUGCAUCACAUAGACCCGUAGCACCGUCCCUCAGUGGACCACGUACACCACACUGCCCAACCCAAUGGGAUCUUCAUCAGAAUGUAACGAGAAAUGCUUCAGCUCCUGAUCCUGCGAGACCAUGGCACGGUGGACCACCACCAGCUUCGUCAUCGGAGCCCCAUUUGUGGUCACAGCAGCAGCAGCAGCUACGGAUCCCUGUGGGACCACCACCGGCACAAUCGUCCUCAGCUGUUGAUCAGCGACGACGGUUGCAUUACCAUCUGGCCAGCAUCUUUCCCGAGGAACAGGUGAAGAUUGUAAUGCAAAUGUAUCCAGAUGAGACGAAUCCACAAAAAAUUUGUGCUGCCAUUCUCAAUAUGUUCCCAAAAAUGUGAAUUUAAUCGAUCAUUUUGGGUGGGAAUGAUGGGUUUUUCCACAACAUAUAUACGCAUUAUCUGGCAACACAGACAGCAACAACAACAAAAUGGAAUUCCCCAUUCUUGGAUGCAAAAAUUCUUGAAUUGAAAUGAUGACCAUGCUUCAGCUGUUUAAGGUGAGAUUGUUGACUUCUUUCCGUGUUUUUGUUUUAUUCUCUAAUUUUUGUAUUGUCGGAAAAAAAAAACAGAAGAGCAUUGACACGCACAAAGAGAGUAAAAUAUUAUUUAAAAAUUAAAUUGUUGAGAGUUUCCUUUGAUCCUUUCGUGCGAGAAGGAUUCCAAGAGAGACACUGAGAAGCUUUUCAGUAGAAAGAAGCUUCGCUGGUAAAAUAAAAAUGUUUGUGGUUCAAAAUUUAGAGAAUGUUCAGUUGAAGAAAAAUUUCAACAGGGAACAUCAACAUAAUUUCAUUUUAAUAUGAAGAAAUAAAAAAUAAAAUUAAAUGAUUUUUUAUACUGUAACUUCAUAUUGGAGUAACUGUAGGUAAAGCUAAUUUGUUGAAUCAUUUUCUCAUGUUUAUCACAAGAAAAGUAAAGAAUUAUUUAGCCUUCAAAUUCCACGAUGAUGGGCCCAUAGGACCUAGCUUAUGUUUGGGAAACAAAUUUAUUUUUUUCUUUCCAACUCAAACGAAUUAUAAAAUGUUGACAAAAAUAUGCCAAUUUGUAGAUGAAGGGAAAAAAAGAUUUUUCCACUGUUCUUGUUUCCAUUAUUAAAAAAUAAAUACUUUAUUGCCAAUUUGUUUUUCUUUUUUUUUUAAUUGAAAAAAAAAUACAUUCUCGCUGAGAUCAGAAAGAGAAAAAAAAAUGAAAAAGAAAAAUAUUCAUUCUGUAAUGGAAAAAAAAAGAAAUAUUGAAGAAGAAUAUAUUGAUAAAAGAAGUUAACAAAGAAUGCAGCAGCUUUUGACUUAUAUACAUUUUUUUAAUUGUUAUCUAUAGAUAGAUUUAUUGUACUGAUUGUGUAAUGAAAUGAAAAGAAAUUAGUAAGAGAUCUUUACAUGAAAAAAAAACUUAUAGUCGUAGAAAAAAAUAAAAAAAACAGCUAAAAUGUAACAAAAAUAUUACGAUGAAAUUCUAUAAUUAAGCUAUUUUCGAAAAUUAUUAAUUUCUCUAAAAAUUAACUUCCUUUCAAUGAAAAUAUAGAGUGAACCAGGUCCUUCAAAUGAAGGACACCUUACGAUUUUUCAUUGAAUUUUAAUAUUACUGCAUCAGAGCCAUCUACAUGGAUAGCUUUGUAAGUUUUCUGAGGUUAUGUGGAAUGAAGAAAAAAAUGGCUGAAUUAUAGAAUUUCAUUUUUAAAUCAUCACAAAAAUCCCUCAAUAGAAAAUUGCACUUUUAUAUUGAAAUUAAAAAAGAAAAGAGAACAAUUUAAAUAAAUUAAAAUUUUCAGUGUCAGACACUGAAUUGUUAAAAAAAAACUGACCAAAAAUGAGAUAAAUGCAUUCUUUCUUUACAAUUUUUCACAGUAUUUUUGACUUUUCUGUCUUUCAAAAAAAUGUGAAAAUAUUGAAAUAAGAGGAAUAUUUUGUUUCUUUUAAAUAAAUUUGAAAAAAAAAUGAGGAAGCAAUCUUCGCUAAGGUAAAGUUCUGUCAACUUUUUGACAGAACAACGCAUCUGUCAAACAUUUGACAGAACUUUACAAACCAUAUAGGCUUCCUUAGAAAAAAAAAACAGUUAUAUCGAAGAAUUUAAAUGGCCAGAAAAUUGUGUAUAGGAGAUUAUCAAAAUGUGAUCUCAUGAUGAUUUUCGUGAAAUAACAUUAAAUAAAAAAAAUAUUGAGCUCCAAUAUAAAUUAUAAUUUGAUACUCUAAAUGUAUCUCAAAGAUGAUGAAAAAAAAUAUUAAUUGUUAAUGUAAAAAACAUAUAAAAGAAAAUAUUAGUGCUCCCUAUUAAUGAUGGUUCUAUAAGAAUAUCGACGUGACAUUGAUGUGAAUGAAAAAUGUAACAUUUUUUAGUGUUUAAGCCCUCAUCAAAUUGUUUGAUACUGUGUAUCAAAAUUCCUCGUUUUGUGGACAUUUUGUUCUCCUUCUUCAGCAUCUUUUUAACACCUACUACACACAUCAACUUCCUCCUCCCCUUCCCUUCCUGGAAAAUCCUUUAGAAGAUGAUACAACAUUAUAUAGAGAGUCAGAGAGUCAUUCCCUUUGUUUUGUGUCCCUGUAAAAAGUACUCAAAAAGAGGGUACAAAAAGAUGCUUUUUGAGAAGAAGAAAAAGAAAAGCAUCACCAUCCAAAAUUAAAUGUUUUAGAUCCCAUAUUGAGAAUAAGAGAAAAAAAAAAGGAAAACAAAAGAAGAGAGAAGAAGGAAGAUUUUGGACACAAAUAUACGAGGAGUAAAUGCCAGAAAUUUAGUAAAAAGAAAAAAAAAAACGUUGAACAAGACGUGGAAAUUUUACAAGAACACAAAAAAUCUAGGAGAACUAUGUGAAGAAAUUAAAUAAAAA